AUGAAUAUGUGCAAGAGUUUUUUGUUUUAUUUUUUAAUAUUUCUAUUAUACGACGACAGAUACAUAAAAUGCAAUUCGACUGAGUUAACGUCAUCAGUAAAUGAUGUAUCAACAGUUGUUGCUGAUGAGCUAAAUGCAUUAGAAAAGGAAUCGAAGAACUCAUCGAAUGAUCUAGACGUUGAAAAAGCGAUCAUGGAAAGAUUUUUGAAAAAUUCCGAUGUUAUCCAAUUUAACGUUGGUGGCGAGAUUAUGUAUACGACUCGGGCUAGUUUACUGUAUGCGCCCGAUUCAACUCUAACAAACAUGCUUCUGAACAAAUCAGAGGAAAACAUCAGUAUUGACAAGGAGGGGAAUGUUUUUCUCGAUUUUAAUCCUAAAUUAUUUCGUCAUGCACUCGAACAACUACGAUUAUUUGAAGAAAAUGAAAAGGUUGUUUUCUAUCCUCCGUCGACACCAAUUCUAACUAUACAAUUCAAUGCCAUGUUGGCAAAACUCGGUCUUGAACCAGCGCCAAUCUCCGAUGAUGAUAUUUUUACUUUCAAUGUGGGCGAUGAAAUGUUCGCGACAAGACGUCGAACACUCAAUCGUGUGCCGAACUCGAAAUUAUCAAAAUUUCUGUUGGCGAAUAAGCCAUCCGAUUUAGAUCAACAUGGCAGACCAUUUCUCGAUUAUGAUCCAAAAUUAUUUCGCCACCUUCUCUCGCAACUCCAAGUAGGACAAGAGGCAAAUUUUGAAGCUCCAUCUAUAGAAUCCAAAAUAGCUUUUGAUGCUAUGUUACACAAUCUAGGUCUUCAAUCUUGA